UCUUUGCUUCUCUUAUCUGGGAGAUUUUUUUUCCCCCCAAGCAAAGCAUGAACAGUUGUUAAGUGGAAAAUGGAGGCUGAAUUUUACAUGGCGAUUCUGACCUGCUUAAUCUUUGGGAAUUCAGAGGGGUUUCAGAUUGUCCAUGUCCAUAAACAAGAGUGCCUUUCCAAAAAUAAGAGAGUGGUGGUGGGUUUGUGCAAUGGGACCAGCCAGAACCAGCAGUGGAUGUGGACUGAGGAUGGAAAACUCCUUCAUGUUAAAUCUGCUCUGUGCCUGGGCAUCUCCAGCUCUUCUCGUGGCCCUUCCCUACCAGCUGUCUCUACCCACUGCUACCAGGCACCCCGAUGGACUUGCCAUGAGCAGGAAGGGUUCCUUGAGGUGGAAAAUACCUCUCUCUUUCUCAAGAAACAAGGCUCCAAGGUAGUGGUCAAGAAGGACAGGAAAUACCUCCAUAGCUGGAUGAAAAUUGAUGUCAACAAGGAGGGAAAACCAGUGAAUGGAAGCCUCUGCUUAAAAAAAGCUGGCCUGGGAGCAGAAGUUUCGGUAAGAAGCGCUAGAAACACGGCUCCGCCCCAAAUCCCCACCACUUUUAAUACAGUUCCAUAUAGCCCGGAACACCUUAUCAGGAAUACCACAGAGGCCUUCACCAGAAGUACAACAGAACACGACAGCCGCCACAGCAGACAGACACAGCACCCCAGUCUGCAGACGACUGGAAUGACUGAGACAUCUUGGGUCCCCUGGACUACUCGGCCCUUCUCCAGCACCACUGAGGAGGCUGGACUGGGGGAGCCAGUGAGAUGUAACGUCACCCUGACAGAGUCCAAGGUCUCCAGCCGGUCCGUGUCUCUCCAGUGGAGAACUUUGGGGUCACCCUGUAACUUCAGCCUCAUCUAUAGCAGUGACAUGUCAGGGGUCACAUUGUGCCACCCCACGCGGAUAGACAACAUCACCUAUGGAUGUUACCCCAAGGAUUUACAAGCGGGAACCAUCUAUAACUUCAGGAUUGUGUCUCUGGAUAGAGAAGAGAGAACUGUAGUCUUGCAAACAGAUCCUUUACCUCCUGCUAAGUUUGAAGUCAAUAAAGAGAAGACUACUUCAACCAGUCUGCAUGUUUGGUGGACUCCUUCUUCUGGAAAAGUCACCCGCUAUGAGUUGGAGUUAUUUGACAAUAGCCACAAGAUACAGGAGACCCAAAUUGAAGAAAGUACUUCCCGGAACGAACAUACAUUUUUUAACCUCACUGCUGGUAAUAAAUACAAUAUUGCCAUCACAGCUGUUUCUGGAGAGAAACGUUCCCUUACAGUUUAUACCAAUGGAUCAACAGUGCCAUCUCCGGUGAAAGAUAUCAGUAUUUCAGCCAAAACCAAUUCUCUCUUGAUUUCCUGGUCCCAUGGUUCUGGGAAUGUGGAAAGAUACCAGCUGACGCUCAUGGAUAAAGAGACCCUAGUUCAUGGCAGUGUUGUGGACAGACAUGCUACUUCUCAUACUUUCCACGGACUGACACCUGGCCACCUCUAUAACCUGACCAUUGUGACUGAGGCUGCAGGGCUGCAAAACUACAGAUGGGCACUGGCCAGGACGACCCCCAUGGAAGUCUCAAAUCUGAAGGUGACAAAUGAUGGCACUUUGACCUCUCUAAAAGUCAAGUGGCAAAGACCUUCUGGAAAUGUGGAUUCCUACAACAUUACCCUGUUUCACAAAGGGACUAUCAAAGAAUCCAGAACACUAGGACCCUGGGUUACUGAAACUCAAUUCAAAGACUUAACCCCUGGAAGACUUUACCAAGUUACUAUCAGCUGUGUCUCCGGUGAAUUGUCUGCUCAGAAGAUGGUAGUGGGCAGAACAGUUCCAGAGAAAGUUGGGAACCUGGAAGCAAACAGCAAUGGUUCGAUAAGGUCCCUACUAGUGAGCUGGUCGCCCCCUGCUGGAGACUGGGAGCAGUAUCGUAUCCUGCUCUUCAAUGAUUCUGUGGUGCUGCUCAACAUCACCGUGGGAAAGGAGGAAACACACUAUGUCAUAGAUGACUUGGGGCUCAUACCAGGAAGACAGUAUGAGGUAGAAGUCACUGUUGAGAGUGGAAAUCUGAAGAAUUCUAAGCGUUGCUAUGGCAGGACAGCGCCCCUGGCUGUCCUCCAGCUUCGUGUCAAACAUGCCAACGAAACCUCACUGGGUGUCAUGUGGCAGACGCCCAUAGCAGAAUGGGAGAAAUACAUCAUUUCACUAGCUGACAGAGACCUCUUACUCAUCCACAAGUCACUCCCCAAAGAUGCCAAAGAAUUCACUUUUACUGACCUGGUGCCUGGACGAAAAUACAUAGCUACAGUCACCAGUAUUAGUGGAGACUUAAAAAAUUCAUCUUCGACUAAAGGAAGAACAGUGCCUGCCCAAGUGACUGGCUUGUAUGUGGCCAACCAAGGGACAACCAGCAGUCUGUUUACUAACUGGACCCAGGCACUGGGAGACAUAGAGUUCUACCAAGUCUUACUGAUCCAUGAAAACGUGGUCAUCAAAAACGAAAGUGUCUCCAGUGAGACCAGCAGAUACAGCUUCCACUCCCUCAAAUCAGGCAGUCUCUACUCUGUGGUUGUAACAACAGUAAGCGGAGGAAUCUCAUCCCGACAAGUGGUGGUGGAGGGAAGGACAGUCCCAUCCAGUGUGAGUGGAGUGACGGUGAACAAUUCUGGUCGGAACGACUACCUGAGCAUCUCCUGGCUGCCGGCUCCCGGAGAUGUAGAUAACUAUGUGGUGACCCUCUCUCAUGGCAGCAGGGUAAUUCAGUCCCUCAUCAUUGCCAAGUCUGUCAGCGAAUGUUCCUUCAGCUCCCUUACUCCAGGCCGCCUCUACAAUGUGACCAUAACUACAAGGAGUGGCAAGUAUGAAAACCAUUCCUUCAGCCAGGAGCGAACAGUGCCUGACAAGGUCCAGGGAGUCAGCGUUAGCAACUCAGCCAGGAGUGACUAUUUAAAGGUAUCCUGGCUACAUGCUACUGGAGAUUUUGAUCACUAUGAAGUCACCAUUAAAAACAAAAACAACUUCAUUCAAACCAAAAGCAUUCCCAAGGCUGAAAACGAGUGUGUAUUUGUUAAGUUAGUCCCUGGACGGUUGUACAGUGUUACUGUUAGUACAAGAAGUGGACAAUAUGAAGCCAGUGAACAAGGGAAUGGAAGAACAAUCCCAGAGCCCGUUAGGGAUCUAACAUUGCGGAAUAGGAGCACUGAGGACCUUCUGGUGACUUGGUCACGAGCUGAUGGGGAUGUUGACCAAUAUGAGAUCCAACUGCUGUUCAAUGAUAUGAAAGUAUUUCCACCUUUUCACCUUGUAAAUACUGCAACUGAGUAUCGAUUCACCUCCCUGACCCCAGGGCGCCAGUAUAAAAUCCUUGUGUUGACCAUCAGUGGAGAUGUACAGCAGUCAGCCUUCAUUGAGGGCUUCACAGUUCCAAGCACUGUCAAAAAUAUUCACAUUUCUUCCAAUGGGGCGACAGACAGCCUGACAGUCAACUGGACUCCUGGUGGGGGCGAUGUUGAUUCUUACACCGUGUCAGCGUUCAGGCAGAAUCAAAAGGUUGAGUCUCAGACUAUCUCCAAGCACGUCUCUGAGCACACAUUCCAUAGACUGGUGGCCGGGGAACAGUACCAGAUUGUGAUUGCCUCGGUCAGUGGGUCCCUAAGGAACCAGAUAGACGCCAUUGGGCGGACAGUUCCAGCAUCUGUCCAGGGAAUAGUUGCAAACAACGCAUACAGCAGUCAUUCCUUAAUCGUAAGUUGGCAAAAGGCUGUUGGUGUGGCAGAAAGAUACGAGAUCCUGCUUCUAAAUGAAAAUGGGAUCCUUCUGAGUAACACGUCAGAGCCAGCCUCCACCACGCAGCACAAAUUUGAAGACCUAACACCGGGAACAAAGUACAAGAUUCGGAUCUUAACUGUCAGUGGAGGUCUCUUCAGCAAAGAAGCCCAAACUGAAGGCCGAACAGUCCCAGCAGCUGUCACCAAUCUGAGGAUCAUAGAGAACUCCACCAGACACCUGACCUUGAGCUGGACCACCUCGGAAGGGGAACUCAACGGGUACAACAUCUUUCUGUAUAACCCAGAUGGAACGCUUCAGGAGAGAGCUCAAGUCAACCCACGAAUCCAGAGUAUCUCUUUCCAGAACCUGCUGCAAGGCCGAAUGUACAAAAUGGUGAUAGUAACUCACAGUGGGGAGCUGUCUAAUGAGUCUUUCAUAUUCGGUAGAACAGUCCCAGCUUCUGUGAGUAACCUCCGGGGAUCCAAUCGGAACAUGACAGACAGUCUCUGGUUCAGCUGGAGUCCAGCCUCUGGGGACUUCGAUUUUUAUGAGCUAAUUCUGUACAACCCCAAUGGCACGAAGAAGGAAAACUGGAAAGACAAGAACCUGACAGAGUGGCGUUUCCACGGCCUCAUUCCUGGAAGGAAGUACACGCUGUGUGUGGUAACUCACAGCGGGGACCUCAGGAACAAGCUCAUGGGGGAGAGCAGAACAGCCCCAAGUCCUCCCAGUCUUAUCUCAUUUGCUGAUGUUACAAACACAUCCUUGGCCAUCACCUGGAAGGGGCCACCAGACUGGACAGACUACGAUGACUUUGAGCUACAGUGGUUCCCCAGAGAUGCCAUCACGGUCUUCAACCCCUACAGCAAUAGAAAAUCGGAAGGACGCAUUGUAUAUGGUCUUCGUCCAGGGAGAUCCUAUCAGUUUAGUGUCAAGACUAUCAGCGGUGAUUCCUGGAAAACCUAUAGCAAACCAGUAUCUGGAUCCGUGAGGACAAAGCCAGAUAAGAUACAAAACCUGCAUUGCAGGCCUCAGAACUCCACGGCCAUCGCCUGUUCUUGGAUCCCUCCUGAUUCUGACUUUGAUGGGUAUAGCAUUGAAUGUCGGAAAAUGGACACUCAAGAAGUUGAAUUUUCCAGAAAGCUGGAGAAAGAAAAAUCUCUGCUCAACAUCAUGAUGCUGGUGCCCCAUAAGAGGUACCUGGUGUCCAUCAAGGUGCAGUCGGCUGGCAUGACCAGCGAGGUGGUUGAAGACAGCACUAUCACAAUGAUAGACCGGCCCCCUCCUCCACCUCCACAUAUCCGUGUGAAUAAAAAGGAUGUGCUAAUUAGCAAAUCUUCCAUCAACUUCACUUUCAACUGCAGCUGGUUCAGCGACACCAAUGGAGCUGUGAAAUACUUCACAGUGGUAGUGAGAGAGGCUGAUGGCAGUGAUGAGCUGAAGCCAGAACAACAGCACCCUCUGCCCUCCUACCUAGAAUACAGGCACAAUGCCUCCAUCCGAAUGUAUCAGACCGAUUACUUUGCCAGCAAAUGUGCCGAAAGUCCCGACAGCAACUCCAAGAGUUUUAACAUUAAGCUUGGAGCAGAGAUGGAGAGCCUGGGUGGAAAAUGCGAUCCCAAUCAGCAAAAAUUUUGUGACGGACCACUGAAGCCGCGCACUGCCUACAGAAUCAGCAUUCGGGCUUUUACACAGCUGUUUGAUGAGGAACUGAAGGAGUUCACGAAGCCCCUCUACUCAGACACAUUUUUCUCUUUGCCUAUCACCACCGAGUCAGAGCCUUUAUUUGGAGUUAUUGAAGGUGUGAGUGCCGGUCUGUUCUUAAUUGGCAUGCUGGUGGCCGUUGUUGCCUUAUUCAUCUGCAGACAGAAAGCUAGCCUUGGUCGAGAAAGGCCCUCUGCCCGCCUGAGCAUUCGCCGGGAUCGACCAUUAUCUGUCCACUUGAACCUGGGCCAGAAAGGUAACCGGAAAACGUCUUGCCCAAUAAUAAUAAAUCAGUUCGAAGGGCACUUCAUGAAGCUGCAAGCUGAUUCCAACUACCUUCUAUCCAAGGAAUACGAGGACUUGAAAGACGUGGGUCGAAACCAAUCAUGUGACAUUGCACUCUUGCCGGAGAACAGAGGGAAAAAUCGAUACAACAAUAUAUUGCCCUAUGAUGCCUCUCGAGUGAAGCUGUCCAAUGUAGAUGAUGACCCGUGCUCAGACUACAUCAAUGCCAGCUACAUCCCCGGCAACAACUUCAGAAGAGAAUACAUUGCUACUCAGGGACCUCUUCCUGGCACCAAGGAUGACUUCUGGAAAAUGGCGUGGGAACAGAAUGUUCACAACAUCGUCAUGGUGACCCAGUGUGUGGAGAAGGGCAGGGUAAAGUGUGACCAUUACUGGCCAGCAGACCAGGAUUCCCUCUACUAUGGGGACCUCAUCCUGCAGAUGCUCUCAGAGUCUGUGCUGCCUGAGUGGACCAUCCGGGAAUUUAGGAUAUGCAGCGAGGAACAGCUCGAUGCACACAGACUCAUCCGCCACUUUCACUACACAGUGUGGCCAGACCACGGGGUCCCAGAAACCACCCAGUCCCUGAUCCAGUUCGUGAGAACCGUCAGGGAUUACAUCAGCAGAAGCCCCGGUGCCGGGCCCACCGUGGUGCACUGCAGUGCCGGUGUGGGUAGGACUGGAACCUUUAUCGCAUUGGACAGAAUCCUCCAGCAAUUAGACUCCAAAGACUCUGUGGACAUCUAUGGAGCGGUGCACGACCUAAGACUUCACAGGGUUCACAUGGUCCAGACCGAGACACGGGCUAUUCAAGGCAUUGAGAAUGUAUCUGAAGAUCUCUUGGAUAAAAACUAUGCACUGUGUGAUUUUUUAAAAAAUUUGCUUCAUGCCCUACAGAGGUGCCAGCUAUCUCUGUUGUCGCUAUGUAUAAUUUAUUAAUCUGGAGAAUUUUAAAGAAUUUAUGUAAUUUAAAGGUAACAGAUAUUAUUGUACAUAGUUGUAUUUUGUAGUUUCUUCUGUAAAUAUGUAUUUUUUUCAUAAUGUUUAAUAUUAAGCUUUAUAUAAUACUAUGUUUCCACAGUAAAGUGUUCAUGGAUUGUUCUCCAUAAACUAAUUCAACCUGUAUAACAGGACUCCUGGUAAAACAUGUCUGGAGGGGGUUGCAGAGGCAAUCCCAUGGGCCAUGGUUUUGACCUGUUUUGAUAUUUACUGGUCAGGGUAAAGGACAGGGCUGGAGAAAGCGUGUAAGACACCUGGCUUUGCUGCAUUGCUGUUCUAGGAAUGAAGAGAUCCAAAGAUGAUCCAAAUGCUAUUUGGACAAAUGUAACAGUAAAAAAAAAAAAGAACUGGGGGGAAGCACGAAAGCUGAAGCCGGUGGUUAUUGCUAAACUAGUUCAUCUCUCCCCUUCCUUCUGCCAGAGAUUCAAGCCAAAGUGGUCAGUUCAGGGGCCAUGUAACUUGCAGAGAAGUCCACGCUGCAGGAUUGAGGGUUCUGAUAGAGAACAAUCCAAACAGAAGGGAUGAAUUCCUUACAUCAAGGAUGCCUCCUGUACCCCUGACUGGAAACAAAAUCAACAUGCAAGGUGCCAUCUGUAGUGAUUGGAGAUGAUUUCACUGCAUUCGGUGUGUGAACAUACAAACCCAUACUGUAAUGAGUGUGUUGGUUGAUGUA